ACAUAGGGCUGGCAGUAAUACUGAUGCAAAUAGCUGGAAGUCUAUAGUUUAUAUAUUUCUUAGAACUGUGUAAUGGAAACUACCAUUUUUUUGUUAGAAGAGUAUAAAUGGUUUUGUAAAUACUGUGUGAACCAAAAGCUAUAUUACUUCUAUUAGUUUUUUGUUCGUUUAAGUUUAAGGUAUUGUGUAAACAAUGUUGUGUCGAUCAGCAGCGAAAUUAUGGCAGUUAGGACUACGCCAUAAUUUCUCAAGCUUCUCAAAGUUAAAAGGAUCAAAGAAUUAUGACCAGUAUAAAUUUAACUUUAUUAGUAGUAAAAAUGUUAUAGGCCUAAAGGAAAGGUUUCAAGACAAUAUUCUUCGUUUAAAGGUAUAUAUAGAAGAAAAAAUGCGUUUACCAGAAAAGCUAAAAGGAGGCAGAGUAGAAAAAUGGGCUGGGUUCUGGAAGUCACUUAGUGAAGACUAUAAAACAGUGGCUUUUGAAACAUGGAUAGAGUCCAAAGCAAAACCUAUAAAAACAGUACUGGUAUUGUCAGCUCUUGGAAUUCUAGUGUAUGCUAUUCAAACCAAUCCAGAUGAACAGUCCUUUCGGAAUAGUCUUAUCUUGUGUAGAAAUGAGCUUUCAUUGGUCAGUGACUCCAUUCGCAACCCCAAGUCAGAUAGUCACAUGCAAUACUUAUUGAACUGUUAUAACCAGGGGCUUCUCCAUAGGGCUAGCUGUGGACCAUUUUCUGUAAUAUGGGUAGACAAUUACCACCCAGACUGUAGUCUCUACGAUGCCAGAUGCUCCUAUUUAAAACCAAGAUACUUGACAUUCUAUGAAAGGAUUGUGGAUGUUGGAAUUUUUGGAAAAUGGUGGAAUCUUAGAAAAAUGAUGAUUGAUUAUGAUGUAAAUCCAGAAGAGUGGAAUAAACAAUAUUAGUAUGCCUUUUA